AUGGGGCCUCAAGGAAUCCAGAAGAACGCUGUGACACUGUGUGGCCUGGCUCUGAGCCAGAAACCAGUGGUUCGUCCCAGUCUCUACCAGUCCAUCCCAGUCACUCCCAGCGCCCCUGCCUGUCCAUCUCGACCCCUGCGUGGAUUCGACGCCCAUCAGCCAAUCAGAGCGCGGCUCAUGGAUGACUCAUCAGUUGCCAGGCGGAUCCACAAAACCGAUGCCCGCAGCGUUUCCAUCUCGCUGGUGCCCUUUAACUCCCAGCCCGGCCCCGGCCGGCUGCUCUGCUCCGGGAUGGAUUUCUACCCUGCCGAGAUCCAGCUGAGCUGGUCCCAGGGCCAGCAGGAGCUCUCGGGGCAUGUGGUGGCCACUGCCGACCCCAGCGGGGACUGGACCCAGCAGCUCCUGGUGCUGCUGGAAACCCACCCCCGGCAAUGCGGGGUCAGCUCCCGCUGCCAGGCGGAGCACGUCAGCCUGGAGCACCCCCUGAGCCGGCACUGGGAGAUGCUGCUGGACCCCGGCCGCAGCAAGAAGCUGACGGGGAUCGGGGGCUCCAUACUGGGCUUUGUGUUUCUGGCGCUGAGGCUUGGCUUUUGCCUGCACAAGAAGAGCUUCUGA